GGACCUUCCCCCGUAUAUCAGCUCGAAGCUCUCUCCUAACUAUUCCACAUUACCCCAGUUAAACCCGACAAAACCCCGGGAACACGACACAAGUAUCUGCGUGUACCGUGCAGCAAUUUCAUUAGCCAAGAGUGAAACCAGUUGAUUCCUGACAUCUCGCCGACUCCUCACCACUGCUGCCAUUCAUUUUUAAGAUUCAUUGUGACCUGUAAAUUGGUUUAAUUAGAAUAUCUGAAGGCAAUCCACAAGAUUGUCUUGAUCGCCGCGGGAACACCCUAGAGAAGGUUACCAGCCACUCUACACUGCCCAACUCGCAUGCUUCAUUAGUUUGUUUCUAUGGCAACAGAAGAACACAUAAAGAAGAUGGCAAAUGAUGGUCCAGCAGUUACGUUGACAAUACGGCUCAUUAUGCAAGGAAAGGAGGUUGGUAGUAUAAUAGGAAAAGGUGGCGAGACAAUCAAGAAAUUUCGAGAACAGAGCGGUGCCAGAAUUAACAUAUCAGAUAGUUCAUGUGCAGAACGCAUCGUCACAGUAACAGGGUCAACAGAGGCAAUAAACAAUGCAUUUGAAAUGAUUACCAAAAAAUUUGAGGAGGUAGGUGGGGAUGUGUCAAAUAAUAUGGCAAACAGUUCAACACCAAAACCUCCAGUAACAUUACGACUUGUAGUUCCUGCCAGCCAGUGUGGUUCACUUAUUGGAAAAGGAGGUUCCAAGAUAAAAGAAAUUAGAGAGAAUACUGGUGCCUCUGUUCAAGUUGCCGGUGACAUGCUACACCAAUCAACAGAACGUGCUGUUACAAUCUCAGGCACACCCGAGGCAAUAACAAAAUGUGUUUACCAAAUAUGCUGCGUAAUGCUUGAGUCACCACCAAAAGGAGCCACCAUUCCCUACAGACCUAAACCAACAAAUGCUACAGCUACUCAUCCGGCGUAUGCAGUGCAUGGGAAUUAUGCUGUUCCGUAUCCAGAUUUUAUGAAGCUGCAUCAUCUUACCAUGCAGCAUACCCCCUUUCUCCCUGGACAGACCCCCUUCACUCCUACAGCGUUAAACAUGGGUUACGGUGUUGCUAAUGCUGCGAGUGCUGGCACCCAGGUUGCCACUACUGGUCAACAAACUUACGAGAUAAUGAUUCCUAAUGACCUCAUUGGCUGUGUGAUAGGCCGUGGUGGCGCCAAGAUAAAUGAAAUCAGACAAAUCUCAGGAGCCACAAUCAAGAUCGCCAACUCUCAGGAAGGUUCAAAUGAUCGGUCUGUGACUAUUUCAGGAACUGUAGAGGCAAUCAACCUGGCACAUUUUCUUAUCAAUUCAAGGAUUAGAACCGAAGUCAGUGGAAUGGGAACAGUGUAUCCCAUCAGCCUAUCCCAUCAUGCAACAGGCCAUCAAUUGCCAUCCUAGCCCAUAAUAUUUACCACAAAUUGUAUUCCCUCAAGUUAAUAAAAUGUGUUCAAAGUGGGAGCUGAGAAAUUCUAAAAAAAAAAAAUUGUAAAAAAUAAUGAAAUACUUAUUAUAUAAUACUUUUGAACUCAACAAGAAGUUUUUAAAUUUUACAUUAAUUGAAUGAGUUUUCUCAAUUAUUUGAGUAGUGAUAUGUAGUGCUGUGAUAUUGUGGGACCAAGAAUGAAUACUUCAAAAUAAUAUGUGCAUGAAUUUUGGCCUUAUGAUAUACAAAAACAGGUUGGAUUGGUGUAUUAUUUUUGCUUGUAUUCAAAGUUCUGGUUGACGCACAACUCUUUCUCUUUAUUUUUAAUCGUCAAGAAAACUAGGAUUUAUCACCCGCUAUUGCAAACCCUGUAGCACUGUUAGCUCUUUUAACACCACUUUGUAACUUACCAUCAAAAUGUCUGCUAACGUUACUGCCACAACACAGAAGCCAUCUUGUAUGAAACAAACAAGUCAUAUAUAUAUUAUUCUUGUACUUAAAUCAAGUAUACCUGAAAACAAACAACUGUAGUGCUAGAAGGGCUAACAGUCAAACCCAUUCUUUGAAAAUAUUAUCAGGUGUAGUUGAGAGUGAAGAGGUCCAUUAUAAUGUACUUAACAAGCUAUGUGUGGGGUCCAAUAUUGUUUUUAAGUGAGUUCACUGCGUUUUUAGAGAGCUACAACUCAGGUUGUAUAGUUAUCUUGCCAUUGUACACUCAAGUCUAUUUAUCUAUUUACCAAAUUUGUAUUAUUUGUAUUUACUGUAGCUUUUGCUGUUCUGACUUUUGUUACCGUGGAAAUUUUGGAAAUAAUAUUAAACCAUAAUUGUAAAGGAACUAAUCUUGGUUAUAUUGUUCAUGUUCGUGACAUUUUUAAAAUUCUAAAAUCCUGUUAAUUUAUUUAACUUAUCAUUGCAUUUCUUAAAAUGAUAUGGAAUGAGAUUGUUGAAAACUGAUGCAACUUAAUAAGGGCAUGACAUGACCUCCCUUACUAAGAAUUCUAACUUGCAGUCAUUUCUUUCAAAACUAGAAUUAUUAAUAAAUGUUAUUUAGUGGUAUCUGAUAUAAAUGAAUUCUACAAAGCAAUAUUUCACAUUAAACAAUAAUUGCAUAAAUUAUACAUAAUUCUGAUUUCAUUAACUGUGACAUGAAUUAAUGAAAAGAAACAAGACACACAGACUAAGGUUAGUAUUUAGAUAAAGUGUUCUAGUAUUUUUUUGUUUGGCUCUACUAAAUAUGUGUGUUCAUAAAUAUUGUAAUGCUUGCUUUAAUAAUAUAAAUCAUGUAGAAAUUAAAUAAGUCUAAACUAUUUGAAAAAAUAUAUUUAUUUGAGCACUUAUCAAAAUCCUGAUUUGCCUGCCAUUACUUAUUAAGUGAAUACUAAUAGAGAAGAGGUGUUUAGUGGGAGGCUGAGAGGGUUUAAGUUUGAUUUGAUGCUGCUUUAUCUGAUAAAAUAUGGCCUUAAAGGGUAGUAGUCAUUUUUGACAUGAGGCAUAUCAUUUCAUAUGGGUGUUGUGGCAUGAAAUGACAUGUGGGAUUUAGUUGACAUAUCAUGAGAUGGCAUGACACGUGGCAUUUCGUGAAAUAAAAUGUGGAGUUUAGUUUCCAUAUGAGAUUAUAUGUCAUGUAGUGGCAUGUGAAGAGAUGGCAUGACACAUGGCAUUUUAUAAAUGUCCAUAGUAAAUUUGUAUGUCAUUUCAUGAGAUGUCAUUGAUAAUAUGGAAUUUCUUGAAUGACAUAGUUGAUUUGUGGCAUUUCAUGUUAUGACAAAUAAAUAAAUUAAAAAAAAAUAUAUUAUUUCAUGACACAACAUUGGCAGCUUGAUUUGUUGAGGGUUUUUUUGGUCAAGAUUGAAGAAGAAAAAAAUAUGCAGAAGGUCUGCUCCCACUUUGUUCACAGGAAGUGUUGAAUCCAAACAGCUUUAAUUAUAAUGUAUAUUCAUUCAUUGCAACCAUUUAACAGUUUAAUUUUAUCCUAUUUUCUUGUCAUUACUUAAAUUUUAAGUAUAACAUUAUUAUGUUUAAUUCAGUACUGUGUUUUAUGUCUGUAUUUCAAGUAUAUUAAAGGAAUAC